CUGGACAGUAUCCACAUGCAGUACCUAACUACAUGGUACAAUACUUACGACACCUAGCGACACCUCAUCCAUCCCUCCAUCAACUUUACGAAUACACCUAUCAACUCCAUAAACUUAGUUGACGACAACACCUUGAUUACUUGCUCAUCCACCAUUCGUUCCACAUUCCACUCGUUAUUGUUCGGCAUCAAAAGUCCGAAUCUAUAAGAGCACGAAUCUCCUUUUUCCCCGACCUUGCAUAGCCUUGUGCGCCGUAUCGUGGCCUCCGAUCUUCUGAAUCGUUAUCUCAAGUGCUAGUUAUCAACUUGACUCCUUUAACCUACCAUACCAUACCUAGGUACGCCUAGUACAUAGUAAUUGUUAACCGCUCAGUAACUAUUCGUCAUCCAUACUCACAUAUCUACUGCUACACUACAGUAUCAACUACAUACCAUACCCUACUUACUGAUCUUAUCUUUUCCCUUUUCCCUCCCUUUUAUCUUUACUUGGCCUUCAUUAUCAACUCCUAAAAAGAUAUACCCAAAAAAAGUAAAGAUAAAAUAAAUAAAAAGAGCGUCAUGAUAUUGGAGCUGACAUAAAAAAUCCGCCUUAUUCUUUUUAAUUUUUUCUUUUUUUUUUGGCUUGCCCAAGAUGCUCCAAACGAACCGCGUCUACAAUGCUCGAAUUAUAUCGAGUGUUGCCGCCACCAUCAUCUCGCUGGCCUGCGGGACUAAUUAUGUCUAUUCAGCAUGGGCGCCACAAUUUGCGGACAAGUUAUUAUUGUCCGCAACCGAAAGCAAUCUGAUCGGCCUUGCAGGAAAUCUUGGCAUGUACUCCAUGGGCGUUCCCGUGGGUAUGUUUGUCGAUAGCAAGGGAUCCAGGCCCGCCGUCAUGGUCGGUGCUGUUUUACUCGCUCUCGGCUACUUCCCACUACACCAAGCUUACGAUGCCGGCCAUGGAUCCGUCGCUUGGUUGUGUUUUGUUUCGUACUUGACCGGUCUCGGUGGUUGUAUGGCCUUCGCCGCCGCCGUAAAAACAUCGGCAUUAAACUGGCCGCAUCAUCGCGGCACUGCCACCGCUUUCCCUCUCGCCGCCUUUGGUCUAAGCGCCUUCUUCUUCUCCCUCAUUGGCUCCGUAUUCUUCCCCGGUAGCCCGAGCAGGUUCCUCAUGCUACUUGCGUGUGGAACGUUUGGCUUGACCUUCAUCGGCUUCUUCUUUCUGGGCGUCUACCCGCCCCACUCGCCCUACCAUGCCGUGCCUGAAGCAGAGUCAGGUUUGACAGACUCCCGAGAGUUACGUCGUACAGCAUCCGAGGAGUCCAAACACCGUGCUGGCCGUGGACACCCAACUGAACCUGGUAUGUCGCCCAAUACCAUUGAAACCAACACCAACACCAACACCAACACCAACAUGACCCAAGAAGCCUCGGGACAAGAGGAUGAAGCGAGCAGCACUCCAGAAUCCCCAAGCCCUACAUAUGUCAGACCAAGGGCCGACACCGAGGAAGCAGCGUCAGGCAUCCAAGACGGUGCCGAUGAGACGUCUUCGCUUCUAUCACAGUCCACCGCAUCCUCCUCCCUCCCAGGUGAAGUGUUAGUGCAGAGCAGUGUUGAUAUGGAUCGUUCUCACCGUGUAGAUAUUCGUGGCAUAAACCUUUUGAAGAGCGUCGAGUUCUGGCAGCUAUUUACCAUCAUGGGCAUACUCUCCGGUAUCGGCCUCAUGACCAUCAACAAUAUCGGAAACGACGUCACAGCGCUCUGGAGACACUACGAUGACUCGAUUGACGAUAAGACGCUUGUCCUCCGUCAGCAGCUCCACGUCUCGAUCCUGUCGAUCGGUAGCUUUGCAGGCCGGCUAUUAAGCGGUGUCGGCUCCGACUUCCUCGUCAAGGUUGUCCAUGCCAGCCGUGUAUGGUGUCUAGUAGUAGCCUCAGGCAUUUUCUCACUGGCGCAGAUUUUCGCCCUUAGGGUGACGAACCCACACCUGCUGGGAUUUGUAUCUGGCUUUAGCGGCCUCGGUUACGGGUUCCUGUUUGGCGUGUUCCCGUCUAUCGUGGCCGAGUCCUUCGGGAUCCACGGGCUCAGCCAGAACUGGGGCUUCAUGACCUUAGCCCCCGUUGUCUCGAGCAACGUUUUCAACCUGUUUUACGGCGCCGUCUUCGACGCACACUCCGUUGUCGAUAGGGAUGGUGUUAGCUCCUGCGCCGACGGUCUCGAGUGCUACUGGGCCGCGUACGUCGUCACCCUAUGCGCCUGUGGCCUCGGGCUCGUCGUUACCCUCUGGGUUAUCUGGCACCAGUGGACAACGAGACUUGCCGAGUCUACCGGAAAAGGCCGCGCGAGGGAGUGAGAUGGAUAUACUUACCUGACAUGCCAUAAGGCCAAUACUUAACUACCUACACGAAUAUGUGUAGACAUUUUUCUUUCGUUGGGAAGAAAAUGCUGUCUUACUCAAGAGAUCAUCCACAGUUGUAAACUAAGAAAGAUUGCGAUUGCGGCAGGCUCGCGAAGCGAACAGGGUACAAUUUUGGAGUGGUUUGGGAAAGGAGUGAGAGAGAAAGGGGGAGACAGAGGGACGAUGAGAGAAAGAAAUGGAAGACAAAGGUUCCAAUACUGGGCGAGCACACGUUUCAUCUAACUCGAUGUAUCUACCUAGUAGAUAUCUGACCGGCGUUUUAUUUUGGAGAGGAACGGAACUUACCUAACUAGCUAAAUCAAGCUAUCCGGUACUUAGUCCAAGAUAUGUAGGAGUUUAUUUUUUCCCUUUUUUUUUUCCUUUUUAGAAGAUUUCGGUACAGAUAUCAUACUAUAGAUAUACCUCUAGCUACCUACCUUAGCAGUAGGUAGGUAGGUAGGUACACUUGGGGUAUAGGGGUAGCACUUGGGACCUGGGUACACACAUAGAUAUAGGUACCUAGGAGUUGGCAGAUACACAUCAUCACAUCAUCACAUCACAUAUAUAGAUUGAGGCGGGAAUAGACUCUUUUUCGGUUUUUUAUUGAUCAAUAUAUCAUCAAUAGUACUCUAGAUGCUACUACAUAUGUACUUAAGCAGG